AAACAACGUCGGGCAUUGACAACGGCCAUCGACGACAAUACGUGGGGGGCAACCACCACGUUUAAAAUAUUCAUCGUCGACGACAACGUCGCAACAACGAUAUUCACCGAUAGCCUGGAACGCCCGGUCGUCCUGCACCGAUCGCGUGCAUUCCCACCAGAGUGAUCGGAGACACAUGGCCAUCCCGAACGCAUAAUUAGGAGAGUUAGAAAACAGAAAGCAUGUCUUGAGAAGCUGGCGGUGAAAAGUGCCUUCCGCACUCCGGACUGCACACCGUGGAUCGAGCAAGCAUACAUACGGUCCCUUUCAUUCAUUCAUUCAGUCUCACUACUCUAUACGUGAUCAAGUAUGUGAUGAAACUUAAAAUUGAUAAUAUGUAUAAAUUGUCAAUAUACAAAGGAUUGACAACACACAAGGAACAUGACAUCUGAAGACUUAUCCAGCAAUAUACUAAUUUAAAAAAGGGCAAAUAUAAAAUACAGUGGCAAUAUGUUUGGUUGUCCUAGAGAAGCCGUGCGUGUCAAAGUUAAGAAAUGUGAAACUAGACAUCAACCUGAAUACCGCAAGUUUAGCGUGGAUCCUCAGAUAACGUCAAUAGAAGUACUACAAAGCAUUCUUAUAAAAGCUUUUGAUAUAAAGGGGGAAUUCACCGUUUCGUAUCGAGCGAUCGACGACUAUGGAUCGGAGACGUAUCUCUUCCUACUUUCAGACUGGGACUUGGACGCCGCGUUUAUCAGCGCAUCGGAGCCAUACCUCUAUCUGCAGGUGAAUUUGAAACCCUUUGGUGAAACUGGAGACUGCGAGUGCUACUGGGAACAAAAUGCACAGGAAGUUUCGACGCGUCAGCAGGAGACUGGGUUUCCUUACAAAACACCCAAGCUGCCCGGUCUCAUAAUGAAUAAGUUAUCAGGUGUAUCCAAUUUCGCGUUUAAUCUUUCGUCACAGAUGGAAAGGACGCUGAAUAUGGUGCAACGUGCAUUGGGCAACUUGGGCGACGAGUCGUCUCAGUCUCAGUCUCAUCAGCAGAAUGUUCAACCUCCAAGACCACCUUUGACCGACGCUGAAUUUCGUCGAUUUUUGGAUCCGAUCGGCCAGGUGGUGCAUUCUAAGGAAUUGAGAGCAGUUAUUUACUUCGGUGGAAUCGAACCUAGUUUGCGCAAAGUGGUCUGGAAACAUAUCUUGAACGUAUAUCCAGAGGGGAUGUCGGGUCGCGAACGGAUGGACUAUAUGAAGAAAAAGGCGCAGGAAUAUCAGACUCUGCGCGAGCGGUGGCGAAUGCUAGUGCAAAAGGGACAAAACAUCGGCGAUCUCGGCUACGUUACUGGUAUGGUGAGAAAGGAUGUUCUCAGAACGGACAGGCAUCACAAGUUUUACGGUGGUUCGGACGACAAUCAGAAUACAGCGAGUCUCUUCAACAUUUUGACAACGUAUGCCUUAAAUCACCCGAGUGUGAGUUACUGCCAAGGCAUGAGCGACUUGGCCUCACCUCUUCUCGUCACGAUGCGGGAUGAAGCGCAGGCCUACAUUUGUCUCUGCGCCCUCAUGAGAAGAUUGAAGGACAAUUUUAUGCUCGAUGGCAUCGCCAUGACUACCAAAUUCGCUCAUCUCGCGGAAGGUCUUCAACACUAUGAUCCCGAUUUCUAUGCAUAUUUAAAGUUGCAUCAAGCGGACGAUUUGUUAUUUUGUUACCGUUGGCUGUUGCUAGAAAUGAAACGUGAAUUUGCGCUGGAUGACGCGCUUAGGAUGCUCGAAGUUCUGUGGGCGGCUUUACCGGCAUCGCCGCCGACCGGCGAACUGAGUCUUGCCGAGGUGCCUUUUCCACCAGCGUCGCCGCCACCGAGUCCAAAUGUGAAGCACAUUCGUGAGAAUGCGUAUACCAAGGUUUGUGCUAUUAGACGACAAAGUUCCUCGGCCAGCAUCGCCGCUAGUGUGAGACGGAAAGCCUUCAGUACCGAGGAACCGAUUCUGCAAUCAUCCGUUGAAGUUAACGGAGAAACGAAAAGAUCCAACUCACCGUAUGAAACAUUUUCUGAUUCAGAAAAUGAUUUGACUAGCACGAAAAACAGAAGGAAUAACGAAUCGACAGAAAAGUGCCUGAGUACAGAUUCUCUUCCCGUUAAAUCGAAACGCGCGAAUCUUCUGGAACUGAAAGAGAGACUGUCUUCCCCCAACAAAGAGCAGACUAAAAACAGUGAACAGAACGACAAUUCUGGUGAAAAGAAAUGUGCGCGAGUGGUAAAGAAUUUGAAUGAAUUCUUGAAUUUUACUAGUCUCAAUCGUAGUAAAGUCACGCCAAGCGACGCCGAACCUGAACUCAGACGUGUCUCGAGCGAAAGCGGCGUUAUCAGAGUGUUGAGGGAUGAACCAAGUUCACCGGAUGAUCCGACAGAUUUCUUCCCGAUGACCACGUCAAUGACUAGAGAGUUAAGACUGGAAUUGGAAUCGCUAGAUCGACAAGUGUUUGGGCCUUCACCGCCAAGCGAGUUGCAAUGCGACUGUGUGCUUUCAAAAAGAGAAGGUGACUUACCAGAAAGUGAGACGGAGACGGAAUUGGCGAGAUGCAGUCCAGCGACGGAUGUGUUUGUAUGGGAAAAUCCUUUACACACGUUACAACAGAAGCAUCAUCCCACGACUCCGGACGAGCAAGCAGAAUUGGAGUAUGACGGUGAAAUUUUGGAAGAUCAAAACGGCGUGAAAUCCGUCACGCCAAUCAGAUUGCUCAAACGCACUACUAGAUCUGAAUCUGCGUCGGAUAGCGAAGGAACUGAAAGUUGGCAUCAGACUACACCUGUACCAGAAAGUCCAAUGAAGCAGCAGCAGCAACAACAAUCUGUGCAAGAACAGUGCGAGGAAGCGACAGAGCUGAUUAAUCUGAUACCCGCGGGAACGAGCGAGGACCAACUGGGAGAAAACUCAUUGCCACCACCGCACGAAUUUGGCGGCGGCAAUCCCUUUCUAAUGUUCCUGUGCAUCACUCUUCUGCUGCAACAUCGAGACUUUGUAAUGCGCAAUCAAAUGGAUUAUAACGAAAUGGCAAUGCAUUUCGAUAAGAUGGUUCGCCGUCACAAUGUGAUUCGUGUACUUAAUCAAGCGCGACAACUAUUCGCCGGCUAUCUUAGAAGACAUUCCGUUGCCUUGUCCUCCUCGGCCAACUCGACUUCCACUAGCAAACCAGAUUGCGUGAAUGUGUAAUUUUUUGUCGAUCAGCAUUAAAGAACGUUAAAUCAUAUAAUCAGGUGACCUACGUGUGAUUUCAGAAAUUAUUUCAUUUGAAUAGAAUUUAAAUGGGACAUAUCAUAUCAAAUUAUGUUCCUGACUAAAAUUCGGAUGACUUAAGAGGACUUGAAAUAAUUUUAUCACAGUGUUCUUCCGUUAACAACGUUCGUGGGAUAUUUAUGACACUCGUGGGCCAUGCGCGCAGUCGUGUCGCAGAUGAGAAGCAUCUCUGGUUAACCAUUCUUUCCUUCUUUUUCUUUUUGAUAUAUAUUAAUAGGAUUUCUUUCGACAAAUAAUUGAAUUGAAUUAAACGUUAUCCGUGCCCAAAUAGAAACGCGACAACGAAUAAGCAACCAAUAAGCACUCGUGUGUAACACGAAAGCAAUAAAAUGCAAUGUACUUACAAUCAUAUAAAAAUUGUAGAGCUUCUUUCGUAAGAGCCGGUUUUCAAGAUAAGUCUAAAAUGAAGAAGAAAAAAACGGUUGAUCAGAGACAAGUAUGCCGACGAACCAUCUAGGCUCAUUCGUACUUAUUAGCAAUUAGGAUAAAUGGAUUCGAUUGGGAGAGCUCGGGAUACAACGAUUGGAAACGCUUUAUUUUAAUUAAUCCCCGCACGUUACCAUUUCAUCGCGAUCGAUAAUGCACAAUGCACCCUAUUAUUCGCACGCUUGUGCGACAAAUCCUCUUUCGCUGUAUCUCGAGGUAGAAUUAGAACUCUAGCUGGUAACGCAUUCUGGUGACAACUUUGAAUAUGUCAUUCUCGAAUGCAUUAAAUUUGUAAAAUACACCUACAUCUAUCCUAGUAGCUGAGUCUUACUUUGUUCUCAAACGGUAUGAGAAACGACAAUAAAGUGCAUUUAAUUUUAUCGCUGUCAA